AUGGUUGAUGAGAGUGGUCCUGUUCGACCAAAUGGCCGUCGGCCUAAAUACAGAACCUCCUGCGAUAACUGCCAAACCGCAAAGAUUAAAUGCGGCCAUGAGAAGCCCGCUUGUCGCCGGUGCUCUACUCAAAGGCUCAAGUGCGUUUAUAGCCUCUCACGACGCAUGGGACGGCCACGAGCAAAGACUAUCCCAGAGGAUGCUGCUGCCAAACAAACACGCGAUAGUUCCGACCCCAAGCCAGCUUCAAAACCUACCACCACGUCAAACGCGGAACAGCGCGCGGAAGUCGAUUUAACUUCCCUACCAGAUGUCGGGGCAGCGGACACAUCUGCUCCAGAGCCGGAGACAAGGACGGAUCCUUGGUCUCCCAUUGUUGGCGACUUUGACGGUACAUACGACGCCGCGUUCUUAGACAAUCCAAACUUGGGGGCGGUAGAUGGAUCGAUGGACUAUUUGCUAGACGAUGCUCCCAUGGACGUGGAUGGCAGCUGCGAGCAUCCCAACAUGGACGUGCUUUUUGGAGAUACGCCUCUCAACGACAAGUCUCACGAGCUACCGUCCUCUAAUUCAGAAGCCAUCUUUCGCCCUGAGGACCUCAUCUCUCCUCAAACACUAUCUGAGAAUGUCGAAAGUCCAUUGGAUGCACUCUGCUCGUCUUUGCAGCUUCAAUCUGUCCACAACUGCACACAAGCUCAUAGAGAGACUUCGGAGCAAUCUUCCGGAUUGGAGUCGAGGUCAGGCUCAAGUUCCUCUGCUCCACUGGCACACAUGCUAGAUUUUGAGUUCAAAUCAGUAGCCGAUUCUGGCUACGCAUCACGGGCGACAGCAGACCCUGGCGAACCAUCAACCCUGUCCAGUCAAUGUGGCAUCUCAGUUUACUCACAAUCACUCGAGUCAAAAAUGGCAAAGUCAGCAGUAGCCUCACUGAACGGCGAAGACACUCCCCAGCAAUCAAUGGAAAUGUCAAGCUUGAUGUUCCCAAAUCACACCCAAUUCCAAUAUCCUUCCGCGGUGUUGAUGCAGCUCUCAUCACUGGAAGUGGAACAACUCAAGAUAAAGUCCUUACAAAUCGACCGCGCGCUCAUGUUAGAAACUGAAGUCCGUGAGGCACUGCUCUCCCGCGUCCACAAAGUGAAGCAUACAAAUCAAAACAAUCACAUAUACUUGCUAGAACUAGUCAACGUGAAGAUGAUGCUCGAUCUUCUUCAGGCGGCAAUCCAGAGUGACUUUGUCGCCCGACCACGCUAUAGCCAUGACCCUGCGAGCGGCACUGUCUUAUGUAUCGGAAACUUCAAGGUUACAUCAAAGGCACGAGCCAGCUUUUUGAGAAAAAUGCUGCAGGCAAGGUUGUAUAGGUUAGCGGGUCUGCUCAAAGAACGCGAGACAAACUUGAGUGGGAUUAGGAAAGAUGGUUUUGCUACGGCUGCCUCGGUUUUACUGGGCGAUAUUUCCAAGAGCUUGAGGACGUUGAUGGGACUUGUGGAGGUUUGGAGUUCGAGGCAUUUGUAG